AAGGAGUGGGGUUCAAUUAUUUUUGCAUAUAAAUGAUAGCAGAAAGUAUCUGGAUGAGGCAGACAACAUAACCCUUCUAUUUCAUUUUCCUUUCUUCUUGUUUUUGGUCUCUCUCUCUCUUCCACAUACAAUCCAAGUUUCGUGAAAGUACACAAAUAAGAAAAUAACAAAGAUUUAUAAUAACGUACUAGAUAGGUUUAAUAUAUAGUUAUAAUCUGAUGAUGAUGCGGAAAGUGAUGGCUUCAUCUUCUUCUUCUUGUUGUUUUUAUUAUCGUCACAUAAUAAUAACAACAAUAGUAUUGUUAUUUUUUAUUAAUCCAUCGUGGGGUUUGAUAAAGUUACCGCCAAAUCAGACAGUUCCGGCAGUGAUCGUGUUCGGAGACUCGAUCAUGGACACAGGGAACAACAACGCUCUUAAGACUCUGGUCAAGUGUGAUUUCGCUCCUUAUGGUGAAAAUUUCAGGGGACGAGUACCUACCGGCAGAUUUGGUGAUGGAAAGGUCCCUUCAGAUCUAAUAGCGGAAGAAUUGGGUAUUAAAGAAUACUUGCCAGCAUAUUUGGACCCUAAUUUAAGCUCGGAUGAUCUCCCAACUGGGGUAUGCUUCGCUUCUGGUGGCUCAGGAUAUGACCCCAUGACUCCCAAAAUAGUGUCAGUGAUAUCAUUCGAAGAACAGCUACGAAUGUUCAAGGAGUACAUAGGAAAGCUUAAAGCAAAAGUUGGAGAAAGGAGAACCAAAUUCAUAUUGGAAAAUGCCAUAUUUUUGGUUGUAGCUGGUAGUGAUGACAUUGCUAAUACCUAUUUCACUAUUCGUAUUAGAAAAUUACAAUACGAUGUUCCUUCAUACACAGAUUUAAUGAUCCGUGGAGCUUCAGAUUUCAUUAAGGAAUUAUAUGGACUUGGGGCAAGAAGGAUUGGAGUAUUUUCAGCACCACCAAUAGGUUGUGUCCCAUCACAAAGAACUUUAGGUGGAGGAGUACUAAGACAAUGUGCAGAAGAAUACAAUGAAGCAGCACUUAUGUUCAACUCUAAACUAGCCUCCACCAUUCACUCACUCAAGUCUAGACUUUCAAGUAGCAAGCUUGUCUAUGUUGAUAUCUACAAUCCUCUUCUCGAUCUCAUUGUCAACCCUCAAAACUAUGGGUUUGUAGAAGUGGAUAAAGGGUGUUGUGGAACAGGGGCACUUGAAGUUGCAGUACUAUGUAACCCUUUGACUCCACCAUGUGAAGACCCAUCUAAACAUAUAUUUUGGGAUAGUUAUCAUCCCUCUGAAGCAGCAUACAAAGUCUUGGUUCCCAACCUUCUAAGAAAAUAUGUCAACAGCUUCAUCUAUUAAUUCUCGAUCAUCAUCACUUUAUUAAAGUUAUAUAUAUUUACUUAUAUUAAUUGUUGGUUUCUGGCCAACUUUAAUUAAUUAAAACUUUACAUAUGAUUUUGUGUAACCAAAAAAAAAAGUGUUGUCAUUUAAUUUAGUUUUCGUUUCUCCAUAUCAAUUUGUUUUGUGUUUUUGUUGGGUGAGGCCUUUUGGAAAAAUUUGUAGCCUUUGAAACCUGGAAAGGCAUUUGGGCUUUUGAUUUUGUAUUUGUUGGAGUUUGUACUUGUUCAAUAAGAAACAAAUAUAAGAAAUUUAUAUGGAAAAUUUGAUCAA